AUGCUAUUAACAAUUUUAUUUGCUCUUGGAGGCUUUCUCGCAAAUGUGUCAUCAGACGCGCUGACGCGCCUGGGCCCCACCUUCACGUUGGAGCCGCCGGCGCUGGUGCGGUACGCGGCGUCAUCGGGCGCGCGCGUGCCGUGCGCCGCGCGGGGCAACCCGCCGCCCAGGAUAUCCUGGAUCAGUGAGGACGGCAGCCCUCUCGUAGAUGCACCGGGACUCAGACGGAUAUACGGCAACGGUACAUUAGAGCUGUUCCCGUCGAGCUCGUACCGCGACGAGCCCACUACGAGUAUCAUUCGCUGCCGCGCCGCCAACCCACACGGCGCCAUCAUCUCACGAGACGUGCUAUUACAUCCAGUGGCUGAUACUAAAUGGGAAGUGGUAAUGUCCGGAGCGUCGGUGUCGGCGGGGGGCGUGGCGGCGCUGGCGUGCCGCACGUCGCCCGCUGCGCACGCGCCGCCGCUCGCCGCCCCCGCGCUCUUCUACCGCGGCGAAAGAGUGCUGCACGUCGACGCACCUAGCCCCGACGCGCGCUACCUGCUGGCAGGCAGCGCACUGCUGCUGCGCGACGCGACCGCCGCCGACGCCGGCGCCUACAGCUGCCUCGCCAGGCAUUCCCUCACCGCUCUCACCAAGCGAUCGAGACCAGCACACCUCACUGUACUACCGAGCUCUUCAAAUUCGGCGCCGCGGCUAGUGGCGACCGAGAGCGAAGUGAGCGUGCCCGCCGGCACUAAUUUCUGCAUGCCCUGCGUCGCCUCAGAGUACCCUCCGCCGCAGUACACUUGGUAUCGAGAGAGGAACGGUCGUCUGCAGCCGGUGGAGCCGUCCCCGUCCAUCUGGCUAUGGGCGGGCGGCGCAGCGCUGUGCUUCACGCGCGCGUCACGUGACGCGAGCGGCGCCUGGCUCUGCAAGGCCUACAAUGUGUUCGGAGACGCGACAGCACAGAUGCGUGUGGACGUACAGGACUCCUUUAGCGUCAACGUGGAACCACCGGUUGUGGUGGCAGAGGCAGGCAGCACGGUGCGGCUGAACUGCAGUGCGAGCGACCCCCGCGCAGCGCUGCGCUGGACACACGACGGAGCGGCUCUGGCGGGCGCAGGAGCGGGCGGGGGUGAGAGUGGGGGCGGGGGCGUGGGCACGCUGGUACUGCGCGGCCUCACGCGCGCCCACGCCGGUCUCUACCAGUGCGUGGCGCGGCGCGGGGCGCGCACCGAGCAGGCCGCCGCAGAGAUACGACUUGGAGAUUCGCCGCCGGAGUUACAGUACACGUUCAUCGAGCAAGCACUGCGCGCGGGCGGCAGCGUAGCGCUACGCUGCAUCGCGGCCGCCUCGCCUCCGCCGCGGAUCUCGUGGCUUCUCGAUGGCCACCCUCUCGACCACUACCUUGCUCAUCACAGAUAUUCAAUAAGCGAAGAGGCAUCGAUUCAAGGAGAAGUAGUGUCAAUUCUGAAUGUGACGUCCGCGUCGGCAGCAGACGGCGGUCGCUACACUUGUCGUGCUGCCAACCCGCUUGGAGCUGUCGAACACUCAGCACGGCUCAACAUAUACGGGCCCCCUUCUAUCCGCUCCAUGAACACGGUCCGCGCGGUCGCAGGCGAAAAUCUGACUCUCCACUGCCCCUACGCCGGAUAUCCGAUCAGCUCGGUGUCGUGGUGGAAGCGCGGCGCGGCGGCGGCGCUGGGCGGCGCGGGGCGGGUGUCCGCGCGCGCCGGCGUGCUGCGCUUGGCGCCCGCGCUGCCGCACGACGCCGGCCACUACGCCUGCAGCGUGACGGCGCCUGCCGGGCCCGCCGCCACCAGAGAUGUUGAGAUACAAGUUAGGAAUCCUCCUAAAAUCUCGCCGUUUAUAUUCUCUACUGAAUUAACUGAAGGUAGUUCAGUGCAAGUACUCUGUGGGGUAUCAUCCGGAGACAAGCCUAUGUAUUUCUCUUGGUUUAAAGAUGGAUCACCUCUUCCUCCUAACUUACAGAUAGAGGAGAAAAGUUUAAAUGAAUUUUCGCUUUUGAUGUUUUCGGAAUUAUCCGCUCGGCACAGCGGUGCGUAUACGUGCCGAGUUUCAAAUCAUGCCGCGACAGUCAACUAUACUGCCACUCUUAGCGUAAAAGUUGCACCCUCGUGGAUCAACGAACCUCUGGACUCAGCAGUACUUCUAGGUGCACCGCUUCAUUUAGAAUGUACGGCUAAAGGAUAUCCAAUGCCUACUGUAACUUGGUUUAGAAAAAUUGGUGAAGGAAUAAGCGGCAUGGAGAAUUCUGAUCGAUGGGAAGUAGCAGGCUGGGGUAUUGAAAAUUCUCAAUUGAAAUCUAGCAAUGGAAUGCCGAUCGUUACCAACGACUUAAACAACGGACAAGCGACUGCGGGAAGCAGCGUGUUGGCGGCUCGAGCUGCGACAAGGUCACAUCAAGGCUUAUAUCGGUGUACUGCCGACAAUGGUGUCGGGCCCCCACUUGUAAAGCACGUCAAUGUUACCGUUCAUGAGCCUGCUCACUUUGGUCUAUCAAGCGAGUCGGUGCGUAACACGUCGAGCGUGAGAGGGCGCAGUGUGGUCCUCACGUGCCUCGCUCGCGGGGACCCGCCCCUCACUGUUCACUGGACUCAUCGUGGAAACAAAUUAGACCUUGAUUCAUACAGGUGGACAAUAUCAGAAGUGCGUACAAGUGAAGGAGUGCGCUCUUCCUUGCAACUUCGUGCUGCAGAGCGCCACGACGCAGGCGAAUACCGUUGUCAUGCGCGGAAUCAGUAUGGUCGUAGCGAUCUACUAAUGUUUUUGCAAGUUGAAGAGCCACCAGAGGCGCCGCGGUCCCUGCAGCUGUGGGGCGCGGGGUCGCGCUGGGUGCGCGUGCGCUGGGCCGCGCGCCGCGCGCCGCGCACGCACUUCGCCGCGCUGUGCACACCGUUGCACGCGCUGCCGGCGCCGGAGCACUCCACGCAUCACUACAACCUCACACUCGACACUACCGAUGACGAUAGGUUUGAUGAAGAAGGGCAUAAUAUGUUGAGCGCAAAAUUAGAAGGUCUGAGACCAGCCGCUGCAUAUUCGCUAAGACUGGUAGCUACUAAUCACGUUGGGCAAUCUCCUCAUUCGGAUGCUUUACUUUUUACUACACUUGAAGAAGCCCCGACGGGAUCACCGCAAAAUAUUCGCAUCAGACCUAUUAAUAUUGGAGAUUUACAUGUGUCAUGGUCGGCCCCAGCACAAGACAGUUGGAACGGUGAGCUCCUGGGCUAUGCCAUAUCAUGGCGAGAAGUUGGCCGUGUAGAAGAUGCAGACGAGUUUGAGGGCGGGCGCGACGACGGCGCUCGAGCGGGGACCGCAGUGGCACGCGGAUGGAGCAGCGCUGAGCUUACUCUGGGUGGUUUGCGGCAAUUUGCACGCUACGCAGUUUCUGCACGUGCUUUUAACCGAGCCGGCCCCGGCCCGCCUUCCUCUCUUGCUUACGCUACGACAGCGGAUGGCGUCCCAGAGGAACCUCCAAAUUCAGUCACAUGUGAAGCAGUGUCAGCGAGAUCACUUCGAGUUCGCUGGCUUCCGCCCGCACAGUCACACGCGCAAAACAUACGCGGAUAUGAUCUUCACUACGCUCCAUUACAUUUCUCACAAACGUGGAGCGGGGCAGUAGGGUCAGAAGCAGCGCGCGCGGCGGCAGUAGGUGAGGCAGUACUGCAGGGGUUGCGGGCUGCUACCAACUACUCAGUCAGUGUGCGUGCGCGCUCCGACCGCGGCGCCGGGCCACCGUCCCCGCCUGCACACUGUAGCACCAGGGAAGAUGUGCCGAGUGCACCAGACAUGAUUCGCGCACUGGCUGCAGGACCAGACGCAGUGCGGGUCUCGUGGGUAGCGCCUGCCGAGCAUGGAGGUCGCCUUACUCACUACACUCUCUACACAAGGGAACUUGGCAAAGUGGGCGGUGAAUGGUCACAACGCGUGGAAGCGACUGAAGACAGUGAAGAGAGUGAAGGUGAAGUAUGGCACGAGGUGCGCGGGCUUCGGGAACGUGCAGUUUAUGAAUUCUGGAUACGCGCGGCGACGGCGGCCGGCGCGGGGCCUCCGAGCCGGGCUGUUAGUGCUGCGCCUGCUCAACUAAUGUCAGCGCGAAUUUCGUCUCUUGGGCGUCUUAUAACGGCGGCGGUGGGGUCGCGAGUUCGGCUUCGAUGCUCUGCGCUGGGAGUCCCACCCAUCACCCGUCGUUGGAUGCCACUACCUCAAGCACACACAAUUACUGACACCGGAGACUUGAUUAUCCACAAGAUGGAGCAACAGGCAGCAAUGAACUACUCAUGCUCUGUUCGUAACGCGGCGGGCGGUGACGCGACGGUGUUCGCCGUGCGGGUCAUACGGCCCCCGGCGGCGCCCGCGCCCCGCCUCGCCCGCGCCGACGCACACGCACUACAUCUAGCGUGGGAUCCGCCGCAUGACGGCGGAGCUGCUAUACUUGGGUACACGGUAUGGUGGUGGCGCGGGUGGGAGAGCGCGGCGGGCGCGGCGGGCGGCGUGGGCGCGGGCGCGCGGUGGUGGCGCGUGGGCGGCGAGGCGCGCGGCGCGGCGCUGCGCGGGCUGGCGUGCGGCGCGCCCUACCACGUGGCCGUGCGCGCGCACAACGCGGUCGGCGCCUCGCAACACUCCCGCGCCCUCGUACUACGCACCAGAGGCGACAAGGCGAAGGCGCCGGUGGGCAAGGAGUGUAUCUGGGCGAACAGCACGUGCCUGCGCGUGGCGCUGCUGGCGUGGGGCGGGCGCUGCGCCGUCGCGCGCUUCUCCGCCGCGCUGCGCCCCGCGGGCGGCGGCACCUGGAGGGAGCUGCCCACUGACGGAGAAACAGCUGAAGCGGUUGAUUUGGAGCCCGGUACUUGGUAUGAAAUACGCAUCUUAGCACAUUCACCCGCCGGUGAUACUCCCGCGCUGUAUAAAGCGGCGACACAUACAAUCAAUGGAGAACGUAUCGGGGAGCCGAUCGAGCUGCCGCUGGAGGCGCGCAUGAGCGCGGCGGAGGGCGCAGGCGGCGCAGGGGCGGGCGGCACGGGGGCGGGCGGGGCGGCGGCGGGCGGCGCGUGGUGGCGCGGCGGCGCGGGCGCGGCGCUGGCGCUGCUGGCCGCCGCCCUGGCCGCCCUGCUGGCUGCCGCCGCGCUCGCCGCCCGCCGCGCUCGCCGCCCGCGCCCCGCACUCCCCGCACACACCCUCGACCCUCACAGCCAACCUCUAUACGUCGCUCAGCCUACUCAAACAAACGGGAAGACAAUAACACCACCCGACGAUCUACACGAGAUCAGCCCCUACGCCACGUUCAGCAUGUCGUCGGGCGCCACGCCGGGGGCGGGCGCGGGCGCGGCGGCGGGCGGCGAGGGCGGCGCGCGCUCGUGCGCGCUGCACCUGCGCUCGUUCGCACGCGACCCGCUCGAGCUGGCCGCGCCGCCGCCGCGCCCGCACCUACUCGCACACCCCAACGAUUACGGCAGCGCGCGCGACAGCGACUCGGAGUCGAGCGGCUCGCCGUGCGCCGCGUGCGCCGCCGAGCUCUACCGCCUGCCCGCCGCUAGACUCUCUGACACGUUGCCGGCGGGCGGCGCGGGCGCGGCGGAGUCCAGCACGGAAGACGGCUCGUAUGGCGCGGCGCCGCGGCCGCGCGCCCGGCGACGCGACCACGCGCGCCCACACCAGCCCACUGUCAGGUACUUCUCGUCGGCGGCGCUGCGGCGCGACGCCAUG